AUGUCUAUCGCUACCGACGACACAAAGGUCACCGUGGUGCCGGCCACCAUUCCACCCUCUGAAGAGGGCCAAUCUUCUGAUUCCGAAACUGUGAUAAUAACCUGGGAUGGCGACAACGACCCCAAAAACCCAAUAAACUGGCCCCCAUGGAAGAAGUCGGCCGUCACAGGAAUCGGGCUUUUCGCAACUUUCAUCGCUCUAAUGAAUGGAACCAUCAUCACGCCCGCGCACUAUGCAAUAGACAGACAGUUUGAUAUCAACGAAGCAUCGUUCCCAAACUCCUACUGGAUGAUCACCUCCUGGGGCGUGGGAGGUGCUCUCUCUUCUCUUGUGGUUCUACCUGUCAUGGAAGACUUCGGCAUCCGAUACGUCUUCCUGGCUGUUUAUCUGAUCUACAUCUGCUUCUUGAUCCCAACGGGCGUGGCGCAGAACUUCGCUACACUUAUUAUCACGCGGUUCUUCUCCGGUGGAUGCGUUGCCAUUCUAGCUAACACGGUUGCCGGAAUAAUAUCUAAUAUUUAUGUCGGGAACCGCGCACGCACUGUUCCCCUGAGCAUGUAUAUCACCAUAUACUUGGCCUCCAGCAGUAUGGGACCGGUUAUUGGUGCUUCGGUUUACCAAUUCUUGUCGUGGCGUUGGAUCGGAUAUCUACAGCUUAUCUGGACUGGCAUAUUCUUCCCUAUCUUUGUCUUUGCGUUGCCAGAGACCCGUGGCUCUGCUAUCCUCAAAGCCCGGGCACAGAAACUACGGAAGGAAGGCAGAAAGGCAUACACACAGGAAGAGCUCGAGACCACUUCUAUUGUGCAGGUUGUCUGGAAUAGUGUCCAGCGACCGUUAUACAUGCUCUGUACAGAAUCAGUGGUCUUCGUCUCCACAAUAUGGUCUGCCUUUAGCAUAGGAACCAUCUGCCUAUUCACCCAAUCAGCCGCGUGGACAUCUUACCCUUCUAUCCCGUGGAUUGCUCCAGCCAUUGGUCUUGCUAUGGUCGGCGCUGGCUGUACGUGCGUUAUAGUCAGCAAUGCAAACUACCUUAUUGAUGCGUAUAGCAUGUAUGCCGCGAGCGCUGUUGGAGCUAUUGGCCUAGGGGAGAAUAUGUUCGUUGCGUUUCUUCCGCUGGCGGCUCAAUCUAUGUAUACGAAUUUGGGUUCACAUUGGGCGAGUUCGCUUUUGGGGUUGGUUUCUCUGGUGUUGGCGUUUGCUCCGGUCGCGGUCUUUGUGUGGGGGAAGGAGAUAAGAGCUCGGAGUCCGUAUAUUAGGGAGGCUGCUGAGGAGGAGAGGAGGAAUGUUGUGGGUUCUGCGGUGGGAAUGAAUGUCUAG